UGUAAACACUCGCAAAUAUUCUUUUCAAUUUCGACCGCCAUCAUGCCCGUUCCUUGGGAAGCUCUCAUUCCUUUCGGCCUGGUCACAGUUAUGUUUGGAGUUUCUGGUACAUUACUGAACGUCUCCACGAGAGCACAGAACUUGGGCAAACCGGUCCGUCACAACAUAGAUAAUUGGGACGAGAUGAUGAUGAGGAGAGACGAGCAAUUAACUGGCCAUAAGCGAGGGCAAAGAGAUGAUCCUACACCACCCCCUGGAUUCGAAACAAGUAGUGUGUGGUACACGGAAAAGACAGCAUAAUAUACUUAUAUCAUUGCGCACGAGGCCUGUAUUUCGACAUUUGACAUCUCAAUGUUAUAUAUACAUACACUCAUGCAAGACUGGCCGUGCACAUAAAUCGAAUGGUGCACUCACACAGAUGAUUUCGCCACAUUGGCGACGAGUCAAGCUGCAGCUCAUACUGACCAU